CUGUUCACCUGACGACAUUUCCGGAGUUACGCCCGACUCCAUUUUACACGAAAACUAUCUUUGUAGAAGAGAUAUCAUUUUUAUUCGGGUUGACAAAGUGCCCCAAUCUGUCUUUUUUGUCACAUUCCUCUUACUGAAGAUGCCAGCUGUAUGAUGACAUUGAAACUGCCUGGAGAUAAACAUGAAAGAUAACUACACAGUUUGUUAUCAGUCAUGAAUCAAGUCUGAGGACAAAAAUAUCCCUGGCAAGAGUUGCUUUAUUAUGAAACAUGGACCAGGGUACAGUUGACAGCCCUGUCACUCUUGUCAUCAAGGCACCCAAUCAGAAAUAUGAUGACCAGACCAUCAAUUGUUUUUUGAAUUGGACAGUAGAGAAAUUGAAAAAACACAUCUCCAACGUUUAUCCCAGCAAACCGUUGUCUAAGGACCAGAGACUUGUCUAUUCUGGACGGCUUUUGCAGGAUCACUUGCAGUUGAGGGAUGUGCUAAGAAAGCAAGAUGAAUAUCACAUGGUCCACCUGGUGUGUGCUUCACGAAGCCCCCCAUUAUCCCCCACUCUUGGAAGCCCGGUUAGCACCACUAGUUCAAGCUCUUCAACUUCAGAGAGUGCUAGCACAUCCUCCUCAGCUUCCACCCCUAGUCAGGAUAUCUCAGCUGGGAGUUCUGAUGGCUUGCGGCACCGGGGAAUACCGGUACAAACACUUGGCCUCAACCCUGCCCCUACUGGUGUGAUGCAAAGGCCUGAAGGAAUGCCGCUUCCCAUGCAAGGUGGUCCAACUGCUGGUUUCCCCGCCCACCCUAUGUACAUGCCGAUGCAAAUGUUUUGGUGGCAGCAGAUGUAUGCUCGCCAUUAUUAUGUGCAAUAUCAAGCAGCCAUGGCAGCCUCCCGGGCGUCCAGCAUGGCCCCCUCUUCCCCCCCUAGCGCUGGCCCCUCUACUCAGCCAGCACAGCCUAAUGAACCUGCAGCCCCUAUGGGGCCCAAUCCCGCUCCUGAAGAUCGCCCUGCCAAUCCCAACAUCCAGAUGAACGCUCAGGGUGGAGCCAUGUUAAACGAUGACGAGCUGAACCGGGACUGGCUGGACUGGAUGUAUACAGUGUCACGUGCCGCCAUCCUGCUCAGCAUCGUCUACUUUUAUUCCUCCUUUGGCCGCUUUGUCAUGGUGAUCGGUGCCAUGCUACUGGUUUAUCUGCACCAGGCUGGCUGGUUUCCCUUUAGAGCAGAUUUGCAGAAUCCAAGAGCUGGAGAAGGUCCACAAGACGAGGCGGAUCAAAACCACGAUAUGCAGGAGAUGGAGCGUAUGAUGGAUGAGGGGAUGGAGGAUGACGAGGGUGACAGCGGGGAGGAAGGUCACGAAGACCCCGUGAACCCAGGUCCGCAUCAGCCAGGCUUCUUGUCGGCCACAUGGUCGUUCAUCAGCACUUUCUUCACCUCUCUAAUCCCUGAGGGGCCUCCACACGCUGCCAACUGAACUCACAUGUCUCCACAUUGUCAGUCUACAGUGGAGUACAAAAAGACUUUACUACAAAAAAUAAAUAAAAGCAAAAUAAGUACAAAACAUGUUCUGCCAUGUAAUGGCAAGUCUGUAAUGCUGCUUCAAUGGUCUCCCUAUGCCAUUGCCUAAUGCUUUUCUUUCCCGCCUUUUUCAACAAGUCGGGCUGAGUUUUGGAUAAGGAUUCAUGGAUGUGCUAUCCAUGUUAUAUGACAAAAUACCUUUUUCAUUAUGACUGUUUAAUCAACACUUAAGGCCAUAAGACCUUGUGAACCAUGCAGUUACUUUAAUGCAGCAGUUCCCAACACUGUUCCUGGAGGCACCCAACACUACACAUUUUGGAUAUCUCCCUAAUCAAACGCAUCUGGUUCAACUCAUCAGCUCGUUAGUAGAGAUUCUACACCUGAAUUGGGUGUGUCAGAUAAGGGAGAUACAAAUGAUGUAGUGCCUCCAGGAACCGGGUUGGGAACCCUCGAUGUAGUGCAUAACUAUUUUUUCUCUCAUUUGUGUGUAAAUAAAUAGUAAAUAUUUACAGAUAUGAAUAUAUGCAUCUCAUUGAAAUAAUGUGUUUAAAAUAAAAUUAGGUUUUGGUUUCUUAGUGUAAUAAGUGGUUUUAUUUCGUCCAU